AUGAACUCACCCAAGAAAGAAGAAAAACAACAACAACAACAACUGCAACUACAGGAACAGCAACUGCAACAACUACAGGAAGAAGAAGAAGAGGGGGAAGUGUUAGAACCAUGUGAAAAGCAUGAAGUCCUAACUGCCUCACCCAUUGCAUCUAGAACAAUUGAUGUGGUAGAGAGUAUUAAAGAACUUUAUAAUUUACAUAAAAGUGGUGCACUUUCUGAGGAUGAAUUUCGUGAGGCCAAACAACGUAUUCUGCACAUGGUGGGUGGAUCCCCUCCUUCUUCUUUAUUAUCCAUUUCAAAGUUAUCACGUAGUACACGUGCCUCACGGACGCAGCACCGACGAAGAAGACGCAGCAAAGACAGCAGACAUUCACAUGAGAGUAGACAUCUCUCUAGUCAUGAUAGUAGUAGAAGUGUUAGUACUAGCAGUACCACUAGUAGCAGCGAGGCGAGUGGAUUUAUGAUUGCACCUCGAGCCAAAGUAUGGCUUCAACUCGCGACCGAGAGUGACAGGGAAGAUACUUCUUCUUUAAACACCAAAGAAAUAUCAUCCGGCUCGACGGGUGUACUCCUGCAGGUGAAGGAACAGGACCCCCCAACAGCAGGCGGCGGCGCCCCUUCGCCCUCGCCGGGUCUCUCCAGGCGGUACGGCACCUUCCAGGCCCCGUGGCCGGUGCCGAUCGGCGGCGGCGGAAGCGGAAGUGGAAGACGAAUGCCGGCAGCCCUGCGGCCCUCAAAUAUUGUGUAUGUGGAGUAUUUUAACUGCCUAGGAGCCAGCGGGAAUAGCUUUGAGGAUGUGCAACUGCGGGAAGAUCAACUCCGCCCACCCUACUUUCUGCACAAGCGAACCACCAAUCAAACCCCAGCGGAUAUGAGAGGGGAUACGGGUACGUUAUCACCAUGUACAACAAGAACAUCAUUGCCAGUGCCACGUACUUUCACAACGGCGGCAUCAGAGGUGGAUAUCUCAAAUAUUGUGUUGGAGGAUCAACGGCCAAGUGUGAAUACGAAUACAGCUGACUCAACAGCAUCUACAAACUCUAAUCUUGAAAUGUGUUUGAAUUGGUAUUGGAUUGAUAUGGUUGGACGUGAUGCUACAAGGCAAAAAUACAAUAAUGCUUUGCGUUUCUUAACUAAACAAUUUAAAAUAAGUGAAUCUUUCUUAACGGAUCGAGAUCAUUCUCUUGUAUUACCACAAAUCAGUUCCUCACCGGAUGUACCUUCACAAUUUCUUAUUUGUCUUCGUGUGGCUACUCCACAAAUUGCUCUUGAGGAUGAUAGUGUACAACAAUUAACCAAUCGAUGGAUUAUUGUUGUAGAUCUUAAUCAAAAAAUUGUUAUUACUAUUCACCGUAUGGACUGUAAUUGUAUGGCGAAUAUGCGUCAACAGUGGCGUUCAUUAAUGGAAGGGAAUGUUAUUUCUUUUCAAGAAUUUCUUUUAAAAAUCUUUCAUGACGCCGUUAAUACGUAUGAAAGUUCUCUUGAUGUCCAUGCAGACUUAUUAGACCAAUGUGAAUCCAAAUUAUUUGUUACUCAGACAAAUAUGAAGGAACAUAACUAUGAUGAUACUGAUCAUAGAGGUCGUUUUGCCAAUGGUAAGAUUCUUUCACAUUUUGCCAAUAGUUCACGUUCACCAUUUCUUCUACAGUUACUGGACAGUAAAAACGCAAAGCCGAUGGAUAAGGGAGCUAUGAACAUGUUUCUUUAUCACUUACACCGUCGUACGAGUGUACAGUAUCGGGUAUUAAAUGUCACGCAAACAGUGCUAGCAGAGAGUUUCACAAAACUCCGCCUCUGUAGUAAAGAACAUGCGAAUCAAAUGUGUUUACAUUGUAUUGAACUUAUUGACCGAUCCUUAGGAGUCCGCGAUGAUGCCAAAACAUUACUUAACCUCCAUAUAUCCCUUCAGUCAUUUCGCUCAAAUGAGCUUAUGGCGGUACUCACAAAGUUCUCCGUCUUUUUUACUCCCUGCUCUUUCCUUGCGGCGGUGUAUGGUAUGAACUUUCCGUACAUUCCAGAGUUCCGCUGGUCCUAUGGCUAUUCAUUUUUCUGGCUUGCCUGUUUUCUUGUCUGUAUUCUUAUCUAUCUAUAUAUGGGAAAACGGGGUCUGUUGCAUUAA